CUUGCUGCUUUCUGCUGCGCGGUUUAUACUGCCAACACAUUCUGAUUUCCCUUAGUUAUCUUUAGUCCGUCGCGUCGUUCGCAUCGUUCAUGAGGCAUUUGCGAUCUGGCGUCCUCAGCGGAAACCGCAACUGAGUGUUUCGAAAACGAACAACAGGAAUAAAACAGAAUAAACGCGCCAAAAAUAAGAUCAGAAGUUGCCACCAAUAUAACAGCGAAUAGCCAACUGCAACACGCCGCAUCAUCAUCAACGCAACGCCAGCAACAUCUUUCGACAACGCGACACCGACACCGACAACAUAUAAAUAUAUAGGAAAUGGCCACGCAACAGACCAAGUCGCAGGACGAGCUGGCAUCCAAUAACCUGCUAUCCAAACAGCCGGACAACAUUAAGGAGGAGAAUGAGAACGAGGAGGAAAUCGAUGAGGCAGCAGUGGUGGUACCGCCGGACAGUGGCUGGGCCUGGGUGGUAAUGGUAGCCUCCUUCCUCUGCUGCACGGUGAUCGACGGCAUUGUCUUUUGCUCACCACAAAUCCAGGAUCAGCUAAUGGCGGAAUUCGGUGUGAGCAAAGCCUAUGUGGCGUUUGUUUCAUCUUUGCUCAGUGGAUGCUACCUGAUGGCAGGACCAUUUGUAAGUGCCAUGGCCAAUCGGUUUGGCUUCCGUCCGGUCACGAUUACGGGCGCGAUAUUCGCAGCCAUCUGCUUUGGACUCUCCUAUUUCGCACCCAGUGUUGAGUUCUUGUUCCUUGUCUAUGGCGUUCUUGGAGGUAUCGGAUUCUGCAUGGUCUACAUCCCAGCUGUUGUGAUCAUUGGUUUCUACUUCGAGAAGUGGCGUGCUCUGGCCACUGGAGUGGCGAUGUGCGGUUCCGGAGUGGGAACAUUUGUGUUCGCACCACUAACCAAACUAUUGCUGAACAGCGGUUGGAGGACAACGCUGGCCGUCCAGGGACUCAUCGUGCUUUCAUGCGCCCUCUUUGGCUUGACCUUCAGACCCAUUCAACCGAUUACGCUGUCGGUGACCAACGAGGAGGGAGAUGAGAAGGAAAAAAGCAAGCUCAAUGGCCAUGGCAAUACGGUGGCGCCCACACCCCAGCUGCACCAGGCGGCCUUCACCAAGCCCCUUCCAGAAGGUCGUUUCGCCUACUCGAUGCCCAACUCCGCCCACAACACCUACAUGGGUGCUUCCCAGCGUAACCAUUAUCCCACUGCACAGGAGAUCUUCAAGGGCAUGAACCUGGAGCGUCGUCCUUCGGGCACCGCUCAGGGCAGCAAGGGCACCGAACUAAAGCAGCUUAGGAAGUCGCAGCCCACCACACCUAACGGAGAUCCACAACAACUGACCUUCAAUCUCCACAAAGAACUGACCACCGUGGGUGAGAACGAAGAGGAAGCCGAGAACGAUAACCUGUUGGAGACCGAGGCCAAGCCAGUGACCAUCCAGGCCCGCCGGCACACAGUAUCAGGACGCAGACCCCAAGACCUUGCCAAGCGAGCGGCUGCUGCUGGCAAUGAGGCUCAUCAUGGACAGGUGCACUCCUCAUCCAGACCCAUGUACCGUGACGAUAUCUUCUUCUCCGGAUCCCUUACCAGGAUUCCCCAAUACCAAUCGCAAACUUCCCUGGCCUACCACAUGUCCGUUACCCGUCUGCCCACCAAGCAGGACAUGCUGGAGGAUCGACAGAAGGGAUGCCGCAUCUGCCCAGAAGCAGUACGUCGUACCCUAUCUACCAUGCUGGACACCACGUUGCUCAAGUCGCCGGCCUUUAUGUGCCUGGCCUUCAGCGGUUUCCUGACUAUGAUGGGUUUCUUCGUGCCCUUUAGCUUCCUUGAACCUCGCGCCGUGAGUGAAGGAAUGGAUGGAAAAGCGGCCCUGGCGGUGAUUUCCGGCAUUGGUGUUGUAAAUACCAUCGCUAGGAUCGUGUGCGGAUCAAUCAGCUCAUUCCCUGCCGUCAAGCCUCUCUGGCUAAACAACUUCGCCCUAACCGCCGGCGGCAUCGCUACUAUUUUCAGUGGCGUAGUCGUGAACGCUACAACCCAGUGGGCCUUCGCUGUGUUCUUCGGUAUUUGCAUUGCCUGCUUCUCGGCCCUGCGAUCCCUGAUCGCGGUGGAGCUGAUUGGACUUGAGAAGCUGACCAACGCCUACGGAUUCCUGAUGCUGUUCCAGGGCUUGGCAGCCACCUUCGGCAGUCCCAUUGCUGGUGCCCUCUAUGUGAUGACUGGAAGCUAUAAUAUGGCCUUCUACUUCGCUGGCGGGCUGAUCCUGAUCUCGGCCUUCCUGUGCUAUCCACUCACUUGGGUAGCCAGGUGGGAGCAGAAACGCAACGAGAAGCUGAGCCCCUUGCCCGCAGCUUAAGAAGCGUUGGAGAUCAGAGCGAAAGAAUACCUGCCGGAAAGCCUGAACGCCGUGUCAUCGCAGCCACAACUAUCUUCGAUGGCACCUUUCGGUUUUGGCAACACUAAUUGCCAAUCACUCGAUGUUCAUGUCGAUGGAGCUCUAGAUUUCGGAGGAAAGCGAGUGCGGAAGCGUGUUCCGAGUACUUAAUACGUUAAGAUAAGACUAAUCGUAAUGUUGUGCCUUCAGCGAUAUCGAGUGCCUAUCACACACACACCUUACCCCAAAUCACACGCAUAACAGCAGAGUGGAGCGAGUGUAAAUUAUGUUUCUAUAAGCUUUAGUGGAGGAGCCCAGAUGUGGACUAGAAUUUAGCAGUUAGGCUAAGCGAAGGAUCGGAGAGGAGAAGAAGAACCGAACACAUUAUUAAUAUUAUUAUGAUAGCCCGUAAGCAGCUGAGCACAUGGUUAUGGCUGGGCCACAAGUCGACUGCCAAGUUAAGAAUCGUUUGUUGAGUUAUGUAUUUAACAUGAUAGGGAACGAGCAUUUGUUUACCUUCUAAGAGAUAUGGUACUGCACCGCCAUCACGGACUUGUUACAUAGCUAGCUAGAUAUACUUUUAUCAAUCAAUCAAUCAAUUAAAGACGCGGACUGGCAAACGGGCGGGGUUAAUGCACCCGCCGCCGAUCGUGGGAUUAGCCGAACGUGGACGAAUCAAAUAAACAAUCAGCCACAUGAUGAGGCAUCUGGUGUACAAGUGCUGUGCUCUUAUGCAAACAGAUUUAUAUAUUACACGAUACAAAUACAAAAAGCAAACAAAAACACACACACGAACCGCUACAUACUCAGCACGUUGAGUGCGUUUCGCGUUAUCGUUUAUCAACUACAAUUGCAUUAAAACAGGAUUGAAUGAUUUAUAUUACAUUUAAAUUAAUGAGUUUACAUUGCAUUGCAUGCGACAUAAGGUUACACUUCAUAAACAAUAAAGACGAUUUCAAUAAUACGAA